UCACCACCCCACCCCACCCCAGCUCAGCACCAGGCCCUAACCAGGCCCACCCACCGGGCCCUCCACCCACACGGGAUGUGCUCGCAGCUGAGCCUCGAGAGCCCUGCGCCGUGUGGCAGUGAUCGGGGGCACCCACAGCAAUAAGAUGUCUGCUGUCUACCUGGCGCAGUACUGGCUGCAGGCCCCGGGGGAGCUGCAGAGACCCAGCUUCUCCACAGUGCCCGUGCUGGCCAACCCAGCAGCAACAGCUGUCUGCCGCCUCUACGUGGACUGUGACCUCAACUGCGCCUUCACCAGCGCCUUCCUCACUGCCAGGGUACACCCGGAUGACCCAUAUGAGGUGACAAGGGCCCAAGAGCUGAACCAACUGCUGGGGCCCAAGGCCUCGGGCCAGGCCUUUGACUUCGUCCUGGACCUGCACAACACCACGGCCAGCAUGGGCACCUGCCUCAUGGCGGAAUCCGCCCACAGCGUCUUUGCGAUGCAUCUGUGCCGCCACCUACAGCUGCAGAGCCCGGAGCUGCCCUGCCGGGUCUUCCUGCACCAGUUGCCCGGAGAAGAGAGUUACAGCGUCAACUCCAUGGCCAAGAGUGGACUGGGCCUGGAGCUGGGCCCCCAGCCUCAGGGAGUGCUGCGGGCUGACCUUCUCGUCAGGAUGAGGGCCUUGGUGGCCGCAGCCCUGGACUUCAUCCAGCUCUUCAGCCAGGGCACCGCAUUUCCUGCCUUUGAGAUGGAAGUGUAUAGAAAAGUGAGCAGCGUGGACUUCCCACGCACGGAGGCCGGGGACCUGGCAGGCAACGUGCAUUCUCAGCUGCAGGACCAAGACUUUGAGCCACUGCGGCCUGGAGCACCCAUCUUCCGGAUGUUCAGCAGCAAGGACGUGCUCUAUGAAGGGGAGUCCACUGUGUACCCCGUGUUCAUCAAUGAGGCCGCCUACUACGAGAAGGACAUUCAUUGCCUUCCUCCAGACUGAGAAGCUCACGUUCUCUGUGCCCGCCCUGCCCAUGCUAGCCCCCACCCCCUCCCCAGCUCCCUAACCCAGACCACACCUGCCUGGCCUCAGCCUCCCACCUGAGGCAUGAUCCCCAGCUCAGAGGCCCCCUUGCCACCUUCUAUAUACCAUGAUCCUUGCCACACACACCCCACCUCCCUGCCUCAGUUUCCCAUUCUAUAAAGUGGAAGAUGUCUUGGGG